AUGGAGAAAAAAUGUUCUGAUUAUAAAUUUGAAAUUGAUUAUAAAAGUAUUUUAACAGAUGACAUAAAAAGGGCUAAACCUUGUAUACAUUGGAAUAAGGAUAAUGUAUAUAAGGAUUUAACUAAAUUAAAUAUGUAUAAUUUUUUAAUUGAUUCAUUGAAUACAACUAUGGAGAAGGAAGUUGAUAAGUUAUGUAAAAGUUGUAAAUUUAAAAUAUAUUGA